GCCCCGUGUGACCGCCCAACUACCCUCACGAGCACCGCCAGCGUCAUCUACCCGCUACCCGCCCCACCCGCAACCAUGGCAUCCCGCAGAAAGGUCCUCCUCAAGACUGUCCUCCUUGGCGACAGCGGCGUCGGCAAGACGAGCCUCAUGCAGCAGUUCGUCUCGCGGCGCUUCAGCGGCCAGUACAAGGCCACGAUCGGUGCCGACUUCUUGACCAAGGAGGUCAUGGCCGACGACCGGCUCGUCACCCUGCAGCUGUGGGACACCGCCGGCCAGGAGCGCUUCCAGUCGCUCGGUGUCGCCUUUUACCGCGGCGCCGACUGCUGCGUCCUCGUGUUUGACGUCAACUCGAGCAAGAGCUUCGAGACGCUCGACAGCUGGCGGGACGAGUUCCUCAUCCAGGCCUCGCCGCGCGACCCGGACAACUUCCCGUUCAUCGUCAUCGGCAACAAGGUCGACAUGGACGAGUCGAAGCGCAUGGUGUCGCAGAAGCGCGCCCUCACGUGGUGCAACUCGAAGGGCAACAUCCCGUACUUUGAGACGUCGGCAAAGGAGGCGACCAACGUCGAGGAGGCGUUCAAGGCGGCGUGCAAGAACGCCCUGCAGCAGGAGGGAAACGCCGACGUGCUCGACGACUACCCGGAUCCGAUCCGCAUCAACGCGCACGACACCGACUCGAGCUACGGCUGCUCGUGCUGAGCGGCG